CCCGCCGGCCAAGUCGCAGAAUCUCCCCAGAGCUGCAGGAUGCGGGUGAUGGCCCCACGAACGCUGCUCCUGCUCCUGUCAGGGGCCCUGGCCCUGACCGAGACCUGGGCGGGCUCCCACUCUAUGAGUUAUUUCUACACCUCCGUGUCCCGGCCCGGCGGGGAGCCCCGCUUCAUCGCCGUGGGCUACGUGGACGACUCGCAGUUCGUGCGCUUCGACAGCGACGCCGAGAAUCCCAGCGCGGAGCCGCGGGCGCCGUGGAUAGAGCGGGAGGGGCCGGAUUAUUGGGUUAGGAACACACAGAUCUUCAAGGACACCGCGCAGGAUUACCGAGUGAACCUCAACAACGUGCGCGGCUACUACAACCAGAGCGCGGGCGGCUCUCACACCCUCCAGAGGAUGUACGGCUGCGAGGUGGGGACCGAGGGGCGCCUCCUCCGCGGGUACCGUCAGGACGCCUACGACGGCAAGGACUACAUCGCCCUGAACGAGGACCUGCGCUCCUGGACCGCGGCGGACACGGCGGCUCAGAUCACCAAGAGGAAGUGGGAGGCGGCGGGUGACGCGGAGCACCGCAGGGCCUACCUGGAGGGCACCUGUGUGGAGUGGCUCGGCAGACACCUGGAGCACGGGAAGGAGACGCUGCUGCGCACAGACCCCCCGAAGACUCAUGUGACUCACCACCCUACCCCUGAAGGGCAUGUCACUCUGAGGUGCUGGGCCCUGGGCUUCUACCCUAAGGAGAUCACCCUAACUUGGCGACGAGAUGGGGAGGACCAGACCCAGGAGAUGGAACUUGUGGAGACCAGACCUUCCGGGGAUGGAAACUUCCAGAAAUGGGCAGCUGUGGUGGUGCCUGCUGGAGAGGAGCAGAGAUACACCUGCCGUGUGCACCAUGAGGGGCUGCCCAAGCCCCUCACCCUGAGAUGGGAGCCACCCCCUCAGGCCACCAUCCCUGUCAUGGGAAUUGUUGCUGCUGUGAUUGUCCUUGUUGUCACUGGAGCUGUGGUCGGUUUUAUCUUGUGGAGAAAGAAAAACACAGGAGUAAAGAAAGGGCCCUAUGCUCCAGCUGCCUGUAAUGACAGUGCCCAGGGCUCUGAUGUGUCUCUCACUGCUGAGAAAGUGUGAGAUACUACCAUCUGUGGGACUGAGCAGUACAGGAUUUCUUCAGUUCCCUUCCUGCUCUCUACUGCAGUUUCAAGAGUUCCUGGCUACUCUUUGUGCAGCUGGCAUCUGAUUGUGUCUUUGUGUCUGUGUUCCUACAAUCAUAAUGUGAGGCAAUGGAGAGAGGAGCACAUCCCUGAUCACCAGGACCCCUCCUCACAAUGUUCUCUUCCUCAAUCAACUUUCCUAUAUAGCUGAUGUGGGGCCGGGAUGUCUUCAUUCCUGAUUUAGCUUUAUGUUGCUCUGAACUGUAGCGUCUUUCUUCCCUUUUGGAAAACAGAAUGUGGAUAUUGAUUGUGUUUCAAGUUUGUGCCACAAAAUAUGUUGAUGGGUUAAUUAAAUGAGAAGAGGAUUCCUAAAAUUUCUGAGAGAAAAUAAAACCUGAAACCUUCCAGAA